CGUCAACUCUCUGCUCCUUGGAUGCUGCCUGACCUGCUGUGCUUUUCUAGCGCCACCCUCUUUGACUUCAAAUCCACCCCUGCCUUCCACCAAGUCGUCAAAAGUGAAAUGGAUUGUUUUGGGGGGUGGGGGGAGGGUGGUGCUAAAAGGAUCAAAGGUUAUGGGACAAAGCGGAUACUGAAUUGGAUAAUUAGCCAGGAUAACAUUAAACGGCGGUGCAGGCUCGCAGGGUUAAAUGCCCUGCCCCGUUCCUAUUUUCUCUAUUUCAUAGUGGCCCUGUACACCCAAGCUCGACAUGUUACUUGUUGAACCAAGAGCAGGUUUAAAACAAAAUCUUCUGACUCACUCUACCCCCUCCUACAAGGCCACCACCACCAAAAUACACAGUUAAGACUCUGUGUGCUGGUCUAAACUAUUACCAAAUAUUGAGGGGCAGCUUUUUCGGGUAACUACACGGGAAUGUAAUCUCUCACAUUGAUUAAAGAAGACCAUUUCUCAACAGCUGAAAAUAUCACCGGCAGCCUGAGAGUGGGUGAUGAUGGUUAAAAACUUGUUUGACCACAGCGUUACAAUAACAAGGCACUAGGACCCAGUUUGAAACAGACAAUUUGCGGCCCCACCUAUUUCCAGUCGCGUUGCCAACCUGAUUACGCAUGCGCUUUGCUCACUGGGAUCCAAGAUGGCGGGGACUGAACGGGAAGUCUUCUCAGGUUUUUAGAGGGGAAGAAUUUUCAGAUGGGAGACUUGAACCAAACAGACAGCUGAAUAUCAUGCGCCCCUGAAUGUGGAAGGAGAAAUGUUUCUGUGUUCUGUCUCUGGAAAAUGAUUUCAAACAUCAGUGAGACUGGAAGAGUACAGGGAUACACACACACACACACCCAUGUGAGAAUGUUCCAGUGAACUGACCGUGGAAAGAGCUUUAACCAGUUACAUACUCUGAAAAAUAUCACUACGCUCACAGUGGAGAAAACCAUACACACAUUUUUUGUCUGGAUGUGGCUUCAACUGAUCAUCUCCCCUGGAGAGAACAAGGAUACCCAGACCAUGGAGAAAGUAUGGAAAUGUGAAGACUGUGGGAAAGGAUUUAGUUACCCAUCCCGGUUGGAAAUCCAUCGACGCAGUCACACUGGGGAAAAGCCGUUCACCUGCUCUGUGUGCAGGAAGGGAUUCGCACGACCUUCUGGCCUUUGUUCACACCAGCGUGUUCAUGCUGAGGAGAAGCCAUGCAUCUGUCCCAUGUGUGGGAAAGGAUUUACUCAGACAUCUUCUCUCACGUUACACCAGCGAAUUCACACUGAGGAGAGGCCUUUCAGUUGUCCUCACUGUGAAAAGAUGUUCAGGUCUUCGUCCGACCUCAGUCAACACCAGCGAGUUCACACUAGGGAGAAGCCGUUCACCUGCUCCACGUGUGGGAAGGGAUUCUCAAAGUCAUCCAAUUUGGUGACUCACCAACGUGUUCACUCUGAGGAGAAACCAUUCAGCUGCACUCACUGUGAUAAGAGGUUCAAACAUUCACACAGCCUCAAUGACCACCAGCGGGUUCACACUAAGGAGGGGCUGUUCAUUUGCUCUGUUUGUGAGAAGAUAUUCACAAAGUCUCACAAUCUGAUAGCUCACCAGCGGAUUCACACAGGGGAAAAACCAUUCAUCUGCACUGUGUGUGGGAAGGGUUUCACUGUAUCAUCAACCCUCAAGUCUCAUGAGCAAAUUCACAAUGGGGAGAAGCCAUUCAGCUGCACUUACUGUGGAAAGUGUUUUAGGCGUUCAUCUGCUCUCCUCGCUCACCAGCGAGUUCACACUGGAGAGAGACCAUUUUUUUGCUCUGUAUGUGGGAAACGAUUCACUAGGUCCUUCAACCUAGCAGCACACGAGCGAAUUCAUAAAUGAAUGCAGAAGGGAGCAGGUGAAUGGUCUCUUCUCAGUGUGAAUCUGCUGGUGAGAAGAGCGAUGAGAUGAUGGCUUGAACCUAUUCCCACAGUGAAAGCACCUGUAUGGUCUUUCAUCAGUAUGAACAUGUCAAUGGUGCAUCAGUUCCCUGCAGCUUUUAAAACAUUUCCUAAAGACUGGGCAUUUACAAGGUCCCUCCUCAGUGUGGACUUGCUGGCGUAUUGCGAGGUGUGAUGACCAAGGUAAAUUCCUUCCCUUGCAAACUGCAGAUGAAUGGUCUCUCCCCAGCAUGAAUUCUCUGGUGUACAGUGAAUUCAGAUGAUGCCUUGAACCCUUUCUCAUCUGAAUGGUCUAUCCUCCGUGUGAACAUAUUGAUGGGACAGCAGUUCCCCAUAACGUUUAUAGGCAGUCUAAGCAUUUAAAAAGCCUCUCCCCAGUGUGAACCACUGGUUGGUCAUGAGGUGGGAAGAGCGAAUAAAUCCCUUCCAACACUUGCAACAUGUGAAUGGCCUCUCCCCACUAUGACUGUGCUGACUGUUCUCUAGCUCAGGCAGGGAUCCGAAUCCUUUAUCACAUUCCCAGCAUCCUCAUGGUCUCUCCAAGUGUGACUGCGUUAGUGAAUUUCUAGCUCAGAGUGGUCACUGAAUUCCCUCCCACAGUCAACAUAUUUCCAUGGUCUUUCUCUGGUGUGACUGCACUUGUAUCUUGACAGGCCAAAUAAUUAGCUAAAGCCUGUCCACCCACAGAAUAUAUGCAGAUUUCUCUUCACUGUGAACCGUGCUUUUCUGCAUUCAUAUUAUAAUUACAUUCUGAUUGUGAUAAAUUGGAAUCCUCAAUCAGAUUCUGACGUGCUACCUCUGACUCAAAUUCCUCCUCCUCUGGCACCUGUGUUGAAACAGAAAAAAGGGAGUGUAGGAACACCCACAAAAUCACCAUGGCUGUGACAUUGAGCUGAAUGAAUAUUGGAAUUUGUUGGGCUGGCACUGAGAGAAAUUCAUCAUGGAAACUACCGGAAUAUUGUAAAAAUACGAUUGGUUCACUAACGUCCAUCAGGAAGGGAAUCUGUCAUCCCAGACUGAACGCACGCAAGACUCUGGUCUCCAUGGGAUGAAACAAAGAGGGAUGUGAGUGAGCCAGAGACAAAGUAGAGAGAUUGUCUGUAUUUACACCUGACCAGGACUUGGGCAGAACGUCCAAAACUCUCAACCUUCACCGUCUAGAAGGACCAGGAUCGGAAAUGCAUGUGGACACUAUUGCCUCAAAGUUCCUUCUAAAUCUCACACCUCACACUCAUGACAUGUCUGACAUCCAGUACUGGAUAAGCAGAAAUAUGCUCCACUGAAACGCUAGAAAGAUGAAAGGAGCUGCUUCAGUCUCGGUUACAAACUCCACUCCGAGUCCCCAACAUCAGCUCUUUCUCUCCUGCACUGUCUCAUGCUGAAACAGACUACUAGUCAGACUGCUCUUUUUAGACUUAACCAUCCUCCUGCCCUUCCAGCUAUUCGGACACAUUCAAUGACCACUCUGAUAAACCAGGGGACCGGGAGAAAUUUAUAAUAUAACAAAACAUGACCCAAAAGUGAUCAAAAGGGAAAAGAGAAGAUCGAUGGUGACUCAGUGGUUAGCACUGUUGCCUCACACCACCAGGGACCUGGGUUCAAUUCCCACCUCAAGCG